AUGUAUAAUUUAUCUGAAAGAGCAAUAGAAGAAACACAUCAAGCUUUAGUUUAUCAUAUUAAGGAAAAAUUAAAACAACAUUCAAGACAUGUGGGAAAUGUCAAUAUUACAUUUAGUUGUACUGAAAGUCAAUUUUUUGAGGUUUUGAAGGGAUAUAAAUAUAAUUAUUUUCCUAAAUCCAGAACAUACAAGUGUAUAUUUAGAAGUGCUAAUUCAUAUUUUACCUUGGCACAUACAUUGAAAGACAAAAAGUGGGGAAUAAAAUAUUUUCUACAAUAUCAAAAAACAUUUGUUUUAUUUUAUCAACCUUUGCCAAAUCCAGAUAAUUUAGAUCCUCUUCAAGAAUUAAUCGAACCAAAUCUUCUUCAAGAAUCUGAUUCUCUUCAAGAUAAAAGAUUAUUACAUGCAAAAAAAAGAAUAUGCAAGCUAAGACCUAUUCAAAUUAUCAUUAGAUAG